AUGCAGUGUCUGAGUUUUGCUGUGGCGUUGGGACUACUGUGGGGGACAUGGGCCCAAAUCAAUGUUGUGCAUCCAGAGUGUGACUCUCCAGAGGCAGAGGGAGCUGCACUGGUGGCCCAGGACUACCUCAAUGCUCAGCACAGUCAUGGCUAUAAAUAUGCGCUCAACAGGAUUGAAGACAUAAAGAUCAUUACAAAGCCGGGUGGAGAUCUGUAUGUCAUGGAGAUUGAACUUCUGCAGACAGACUGUCAUGUGUUUGACCCCACACCAAUAAUUAACUGCACAGUUCGGCCAAAAGCACUGACGGCAGUGGAGGGAGACUGUGAUGUGGUCCUAAAAAACAUCAGUGGUGCUUUAACGGUUACAGCAUUUAAGUGUAAAACUGAAGAGUCAAGAGAAGACCUUUGCCUGGGUUGUCCUACCCUACUCCCUCUAAAUGAUACCAAAGCCCUGGAUUUUGUUCUGGCCUCUUUGGGUACAUUUAACAACAUGACAGAGAAUGUGACUUUCUCCCUACUGGAAGUUGGAAGAAUGUCAUCACAGAAUGUGCUUGGCAGGCCAAUCUAUUUGGCUGAAUACAUCGUUACGGAGGCCAGCUGUACUGGUUCUGUCUGUGAGCCCCUAAAUGAUGCGAUGGCUGUUCGUGGCAUUUGUUCUGCCAAAGGAUUGAAUUCUGAGCAUUCUAUAGACUGCAAGAUGUUCCCCAACUUGAUAUCUGUGGUAGAUAAUAGCACUUCACUAGGAACUCCAGCAGUCCAUGCUCAUAGCGGUAACCUUUCAACAGUGUAUGGUCUGCGACAUCACAAGCUGACAGCUCUCCAUGACCCCUUCACCCUCUUGUCGGCCGAGUCAGCAGAGUCUGUUGAGGUCGUGCCUGUGGCUCCUGCUGCAGCUUCUGAAACUCCUGCUGCAGCUUCUGAAACUCCUGCUGCAGCUUCUGAAACUCCUGCUGCAGCUUCUGAAACUCCUGCUGCAGCUUCUGAAACUCCCGCUUCAUCUGCAGACCUCACUCAGGCUGAGGUAGCCACAGAUUCAAACAGUCGGGAACUGUUCAAGAGGGAUCUUGCUGCAGUGGAGUCCAACAGCUCUGUUACUCACGACUCCCCAGUACUUAUGGUGCCAGAGCAGUUGUGGGCUUUAUCGGCUCAUGUGGAAAAUAAAAGGGAUAAUCUAUGUGACGCUCUGGGAAAUGCAACGGUUGGUUUGGUCGAGUUGUGUCCCUUGAGGGGCUUCCGGGCUGAGGUGGACGAGCCGCUUGAGGGAGCCCAGGAGGAAUGGAAUAGUGAUAUCGUUCAUGUGACAUAUGCCCUGGAUGAGGUUGUGGUGUCAUGUGAUCAUAACUUGAUUGAGAAGCAGUUGGCUGGGAAGCUGUCAGCUGAGAAUCUCUAG